AAAUCCUAUGCAUCAUUUCCGUUUGUUUGCUACAGCUUCCUGGUAUAAGGUAAACGUCUGUGCAACUAGCUAACGGUUUUGUAAAAAUUCAGAAAGGAACUUGCCGAAGCGUACUGCAGUGUGGUGGUCUCAGAUGAAGAUCAGAGAAGAAGAGCAGAGCGGGGUAGCCUCGGAGGUGCCCGAGGACGCGACGGGACGGAGGCUCACCUGCGAGGGAGAGCGCGCCACCGUGCGAUAUGUCGGGCCGGUUCCCCCAACAACAGGUGUGAUCGACGGCCAACUUUGCGCACAUCAUAUUAGCGGCAUGUGCAUUUGGAGGUUUAUUUGCUCCGUUUGUUUAGGUUCGUGGCUUGGUGUGGAGUGGGACAACCCAGAAAGAGGCAAGCAUGAUGGAAGCCAUGAAGGAGUUCGUUAUUUCACGUGCAGACACCCAUCAGGAGGCUCCUUUGUACGAGCUAAAAAAACCAGCUUUGGGGUGGACUACCUGACAGCAGUGAAACAGCAUUAUGAGGCGGGUCUGGACGAGGCCACUGGAAACGAGGUGACGAUCGCCACCAAGACUGUGAAAAUGGUUGGCUUUGAAUCUAUUGUGGAAAAACAGAGAGUGGAAAAUCUAAAGGAGAUUGUUCUGACAAAUUGUGAAGUGUCUGGUCCAGGCCCCGAAAAUGAAAUCAGGGAAAAUACACCCAAUGCUGUUUCUCUGGAUCUCUCUCAAAAUCUUCUGAGCUCCUGGGAGACUGUGGCAGCCAUAACUGAGCAGUUAGAACAAUUGCAGAUACUUCGCCUCAAUCAUAAUCGACUGUCGAUCAUCUCGAACCCUUCCAGCCUCACCUAUGCCUUCUCCCAACUGAGGGUCUUGUCCCUCAACAGUUGUGCUGUCACCUGGCCUCAAGUGCUCCAGUGCGCCUCCAUGUGGCCAAAGAUUGAAGAGCUUUUUCUAAGUGAUAAUGAGAUCACAGAAUUGCAGAGGCCAGUAGAUGUGUUGCAAGGUUUGAAAGUUCUGGACUUGUCCAACAAUAAUUUAGUUCAGGAGAGUUUACAACAAAUAUCAAAUCUGUCCAGGUUGGAGACACUCAACCUCUCUAGCACAGGACUGUCUGUCAUUCACUUCAGUGAUGCGUUGCCAGGCGCCAAGACGGCAAUGUUCCCUGCACUGAGGAUCCUUUUGCUGCAUGACAAUAAAAUUACGGAGUGGGACGUGAUUAAUGAGCUGGAUAAGUUGCAAGCCCUGGUCCAGUUGUCCUGUAAGAACAAUCCGCUGAUGGAGUUGGAGGACCAUGAGACGACACGCCAGCUCCUCAUUGCACGCAUCAGUCAGCUGGAGAAACUUGACAAGAGUCAGGUCUUGCAGCAGGAGCGCAGAGGUGCUGAGCUGGAUUACUGUAAGAAGUUUGGCCGGCAGUGGCUACAUGCCGGGGGCCACAAAGACCCGGACCGGAAUAAGCCCAGUGCGGAAUUCACGGCGCAGCACCCCCGCUACCUUGCCCUCAUCCAGAAGUACGGGGCACCGGAGGAGGACGAGCUGAAGGAGCAGAAACCAUUUGCCCUCAAAAACCAGCUACUGACCGUCACGUUUGAGUGUCCUGAGGACGCAGAUAGGAAGCCCAUUCAGAAGAAGCUUCCCGGCUCAAUGAUCGUUCAGAAGGUGAAGGGACUACUCUAUAGGCUCCUGAAGCUCCCAGGUGCCGAGAUCCACCUCACAUACACCAGCUCCAAGAUGGAGGGUAGGGAGAUCGAGAUCAACAAUGACCUGAAGCCCCUGCAGUUCUACUCUAUAGAAGACGGAGACAGAAUUCUGGUGCGCUGGUCUUGACGGGGAGCGGGGGGUGAACCCUGUCGGUGCCAGACACCCCUUGCCCUCAUGCUCUCCUACAGAAUGCUGUACAAGCUCAGUUCGCUGGUGCCUGCUUCCUUCAGCCAUGCUGCCUGUAGCCUGGGAAUGCUGAGAGACAGUGGGGUGAUCCUGGAAAUGCUGAGGUGCAGUGGGGUGAUCCUUGACACCAGCACAGGCUUUUUCAGCCAACAUAUCUUUGUCCUUGUCAGAUCUCAUGCUUGUUAGCACUGACCAGGCAGUGCUGUUAAGGAUUUAGCAUUAUGUUAUCCAUUGAGGUGGUUUCCCUGUUUAUUGUUACAGGGUGACUGGAUCGUAUCUGAUUUUUGCUUUUAAAUGCCAUUGUGCAGUGUUUUCUGGACUUCACAGCAGACCCAGAGCACAGAACAAAAAGCAAUGUUUCGCAUGCUGAGCGACUGAUGUAGGGGGGGCUUAAUUAGCAGAUUAUUCAAAUAUGGUGUGUUGGAGCAGUAAGAACAUAGCUCGGUGUCCUGAUAUCUCUACAUAAACUUGUCAUAGGUCAACACUAAAUGGCACUGUAUAGGUGAUGUAAUAAAGAAGCAGAUUGACCAAAAAUGCUAGUCCUGCUAACAGUGAAUGAAAAUGAGCUUUCUCACAUUUCUUGAACUGUUGGUCACAGUAGUGUGUUUGGUCGAGCUGUUCCUCAGAAACACCAGCCUUGCCUUUACUGAACCCAAAGCUAAAAGUGGAACACCGGGUACAUGGGUAGUGGAAGAAACCAUAUAAAAAUACACAAUAGGAAAAAAAAAAAAAAAGUGAAUGCAUUUAAAAUUUUCUGCUGGCCUCCUGUAGGAAAUCUGUUGUGGGGGAAAAAUAACAUGCACUUUUCUCUCCAGAAUCCUCGAGAGAAGGCUUAUUAUGGGGUGUAACGUGUUAAGCCCAUCCAAAUUUUGUGGCGUGAGCACAAACAUAGUGGCUCUCCACCAUUUCCUUGAGUCGUGCUUCCAGAA